CCCGUGCGAUCGAUUUCACGAAACCAAAUAAACGUUGCGCCUCACCGUCUGCUACUUUCUACGCUCCUCUCUUCUUUUCCGUUUCUGAUCUCUGCUCUCUGCUGCCAUCGUUGACGCCGCCAUGAGAGAAAUCUUACACAUCCAGGGAGGGCAAUGCGGGAAUCAGAUCGGAGCUAAGUUCUGGGAAGUGGUGUGCGUGGAGCAUGGGAUCGACGCAACGGGACGCUAUGGCGGAGACUCGGAGCUCCAGUUGGAGAGGGCGGAUGUGUACUACAACGAAGCAAGCGGAGGUCGUUACGUUCCGCGUGCGGUGCUCAUGGAUCUGGAGCCGGGAACCAUGGACAGCAUCCGUUCCGGGCCGUAUGGCCAGAUCUUCCGACCCGACAACUUCGUCUUCGGUCAGUCGGGCGCAGGCAAUAACUGGGCCAAGGGCCAUUACACGGAGGGAGCCGAGCUCAUAGAUGCUGUACUCGACGUCGUGAGGAAGGAGGUUGAGAACUGCGAUUGCCUGCAGGGUUUCCAGGUUUGCCAUUCACUUGGAGGUGGAACUGGUUCUGGCAUGGGAACGCUACUAAUAUCCAAGAUCAGGGAAGAGUACCCAGAUCGCAUGAUGAUGACAUUCUCUGUCUUCCCAUCCCCGAAAGUAUCUGAUACAGUCGUCGAGCCCUACAAUGCUACUCUGUCAGUUCAUCAGCUAGUUGAGAAUGCUGAUGAAUGCAUGGUGUUGGACAAUGAAGCUCUCUAUGACAUAUGCUUUCGUACUCUAAAACUCACAACUCCUAGCUUCGGUGACUUGAACCAUCUGAUAUCGGCCACCAUGAGUGGGGUUACUUGCUGUCUUCGCUUUCCUGGGCAACUCAACUCAGACCUUAGAAAGCUAGCUGUUAAUCUCAUUCCUUUCCCUCGACUCCACUUCUUCAUGGUUGGAUUUGCUCCUCUUACAUCGCGUGGAUCUCAGCAGUACAGAGCUCUCACUGUUCCCGAGCUGACGCAGCAGAUGUGGGAUUCUAAGAACAUGAUGUGUGCAGCUGAUCCUCGUCAUGGCCGUUAUCUGACUGCAUCUGCUAUGUUUCGUGGCAAAAUGAGCACCAAAGAAGUUGACGAGCAGAUGCUUAAUGUUCAAAACAAGAACUCAUCUUACUUCGUGGAGUGGAUUCCAAACAAUGUCAAAUCGACUGUUUGUGAUAUACCUCCAACUGGAUUGAAGAUGUCAUCUACAUUCAUUGGAAACUCGACUUCAAUUCAAGAGAUGUUCCAUCGGGUUAGUGAGCAGUUUACCGCCAUGUUCCGAAGGAAAGCGUUCUUGCAUUGGUACACCGGAGAGGGUAUGGAUGAGAUGGAAUUCACUGAGGCUGAAAGUAACAUGAAUGAUCUCGUUGCUGAAUACCAACAGUAUCAGGAUGCAACAGCUGAUGAUGCGGAAUACGAAGAGGAAGAAGGUGAUUAUCAAGAGGAAUCUUAGGUAACUUUCAACCAUGAAUGCUUCAAUGUUGUGUCAUGAACUUUACAAUUCAGAUCCGAAUCCUGUCUUUGAUGACUUAAAUUGUUGGAAUUAUGAAGUCAUUGUCUUUUGCUUUUGAGUUGCCAUGCGUAAUUCAUGUUUCUGUUUUGCUA